GACCAAAGAAACAUUGUAAUGCCUAGCAUCCUGCUAUUUUUAUGAUGAAAAAUUAAUCAAUCCACACGCCUAUACCUGCUCCAGGACAAGAAGCAGGAAAAGUAGAGUAUCACCUCAGGCCCAAUUCGGUGCCAGUGUUUUUAGCAGUGUUUGGGCCGGUUUUGGGGUGUUUUUUUCGGGCUCGAUGAAAACACCGCAAAACACCUCAAAACGCGCCUGGGCUGUUCGGGAGGCCGGUUUCGGCCCGUUUAGGCCCGACGAAACCGGCCGAAACCCGUCGGGCUGGGGUGGAAGGAAAACGCGAGCACCCCCUCGCGUUUUUGCGUGGCGGCGAGAGGGCGACGUGGGCGCGAGGGAGGAAGACGACGCCGGUCGCCGCUCCAAGACCACGCCGCCGCCGAAGCUCCCUCCACGCUCCAAGACCACGCCGUCGACGCUUCCCCCUCUCAGGAAAAAGGGUCCUGCAGGAAAAAGGGUCCUGCCGCCGCCGACCUGGACCUCCUGCCGCCGCCCCCUCCUCUCCGUUGAAGCUGGAGUCAUUCGGUCUCUAUUCACGGAUUCUUGCGGGAAUUGACGAGCCGCCGCCCUCCUGGGACCCUGUGAGCACGCCGGACUUCGGUAUGUCCACAACCUACUUAUUGCUUUUCGUUAAUGCUUUAUGGAUGUUUGUUAGAGCUUUAUGCAUGUUUGUGACUGCUUAUUGCUUUCCGUUAGUCUUAAAUGGAUCAACGAAGCAUAGAACGGAUUAGGAAGAGGAAGAGGGACGAUGAUGAUGAGCUAUUCUUCUCCAUUCUACCAGCACUGUACCUCUACCUGAAAAAUACAGAAAAGACUAAACGUCAUUCCUCCAUCACUUAUGGCAGAAGGAAAGUUAGGAGACUUAUUAAUGGUCAUCUUAAAGAUUGCUUGACUGCUUUUAGGAUGGAACCAGAAAUCUUUAGAUGGAUUGCAUCUUAUCUUAGAACUGAAGGUCUUAUAUCAGAUAGCGACACCAUAAAGGUCGAAGAAAAGUUGGCCUUUUUCCUGUAUAUGCUAUCACACAAUGCAUCGUAUGAGGAUCUACAGGUGGCGUUUCAGCAUAGCGCCUCAACAUUCCAUGAUUACCUCAACGAGUUUUUUGAUGUUGUUCCCAUCCUGGCAAGUCGUUUUCUGAGGCCUCGACACAUUGACGGGCCACAUUCCAAAAUCGCAAAUGAUGACCGCUUCUUCCCAUAUUUUGAGGUUUCAUUUUUUCUUUGUCACUUCAAAAAUUUCUUUUCUUAUCUUAUUCCGAUAAUCUAAAGAACAAUGACUACCAUUCCCCUUCCCAUUUGCAGAAUUGUUUAGGUGCCAUAGACGGGUCACAUGUUCCUGUCACUAGGUCUCCUCAACUUCAAGCUCCGUGGAGGAAUAGGAAAGGGUCACUAAGCCAGAAUCUUAUGCUAGCCUGUGAUUUUGACCUGAAUGUGACAUUCAUAUCGUGUGGAUGGGAAGGUUCAGCUACUGACGCCCGAGUACUUAGUUCGGCGCUACUCAAUGGUUUUAAUGUACCAGAUGGAAAAUUUUAUUUAGUGGAUGGCGGUUACGCAAACACCCAGCACUUCCUUGCACCAUACAGAGGUGUAAGGUAUCAUUUGAAAGAGUGGGGCCAUGGUCACCAUGCGCCGCAGAACCAUAUGGAGUUAUUUAAUUACCGACAUGCCGUUGCAAGAAAUCACAUUGAAAGGCUUAUAGGAAUUCUGAAGAAACGGUUCCCAAUCCUAAAUGUUGGUACUUUCCAUUCUAUAACAAAUCAAGUGAAGAUCCCAGCUGCUGCAGCGGUGUUCCAUAAUAUAAUAAAAUUGCAAGAUGGAGAUGAGGAGUGGCUUGAGGAUCAAGAGGAUAACAUAGACCCUGCUGUGUUUGUGGAUCUGCCAAAUGGUGAUGGAGAAAAUAUCCAAGAAAACCAGCUCCACGAGAACCAUGUGCUAGGCAAUCAAUUGAGAGAUCACAUUGCUUUUCAAAUGUGGAAUGACUACAUUGCCUAAAAGAUUUGUAGUGUUUUAUCAUGUAACUGGGAACUAUUUUGUGGUGUUUAUUCAUGUAACAAAGGAACUGUUUCGUGGUGUUUAACUAUGUAAUAAAGAACUAUUUCUAA